AUGAGCCAGCUACUCACGGCGCGGCAGGCGGAGGAGCUACACAAGUCAAUCAUUGCAUACCUGGCUUCGGCGAACCUACCCCAAAGCUCCGCGGCGCUGCGAGAAGAACUCGGUGACUCGAUCACGGUCGAUGACUCUACACUCAAGAAAUAUGAGGGUCUUUUAGAGAAAAAGUGGACUAGUGUAGUCCGAUUACAGAAGAAGAUUAUGGAUUUGGAAUCGCGAUGUGCCUCGCUCCAGGCUGAGCUGGACACCGCGACUCCCACAUCGCUGUCGCGAAGAAAUCAGGACCCCGCCUCCUGGCUGCCCCGAGCACCGGCUCGACACGACCUCGAGUCGCACCGGCAACCAAUCACCUGUGUUGCUUUUCACCCGAUUUUCUCAUCUCUUGCGUCCGGCUCAGAAGAUACGACAAUUAAGAUCUGGGACUGGGAGCUGGGUGAGCUCGAACGCACGAUCAAGGGUCACACGAGGGCUGUCUUGGAUGUGGAUUAUGGAGGUCCGCGAGGGGGUACCCUCCUUGCAUCCUGUUCCUCUGAUCUCACCAUCAAGCUGUGGGACCCCGCCGAUGAAUAUAAAAAUAUCAGGACUCUACCAGGUCACGAUCACAGCGUAUCUGCAGUUCGCUUCAUCCCGUCAGGAGCGGCGGGAUCCCCAAUGUCAGGAAACCUUUUGGUGUCUGCGUCUCGGGAUAUGACCUUGCGGAUAUGGGAUGUAACGACAGGGUAUUGCGUUAAAACACUGCAAGGGCAUGCUGCGUGGGUGCGUGAUGUUGUUCCCUCCCCAGAUGGCCGAUUCCUCUUUUCUGCGGGUGAUGACCAAGUACCUCGGCUCUGGGAUAUUUCAUCGGGAGAAACAAAGGCCACCUUCUUAGGGCACGAACAUUACAUUGAGUGCGUUGCUUUCGCUCCAGCUACCAGCUACCCGCAUCUUGCGCCUUUGGCUGGCCUGAAGAAGCCACCGCCAGCCUCUUCAUCAGCAGAGUUUGUUGCGUCCGCAGGUCGUGACAAGACCAUUCGUCUUUGGGAUGCACGAGGUAAUUUGAUCAAGACCCUCAUAGGCCAUGACAACUGGGUGCGUGCGCUGGUCUUCCACCCUGGUGGGAAAUAUCUGCUUUCAGUAGCAGACGACAAGACAUUACGAUGCUGGGAUCUCACCCAGGAAUGCAAAUGUGUGCGUAAGAUUGAUGACCAUGAUCACUUUGUCAGCUCAAUUCGGUGGGCACCUCCUUUGAUCAAGGAUACUGGUGCGAAUGGCGAGGGAACCAACGGCGCUGCAGAAUCCGGUGCAAAAAGUGCGAAGGAUGCCGCAAAUAAGAUGUCGAUCAGAUGUGUCGUUGCCACUGCCAGUGUGGAUCUCAAGGUCAAGGUUUACGCAUCAUGA